GCGGGCGCGCGGCGGCGGGCGCGGCUGCGCGCGGCUCGGGACGCUCCUGGCGAUACUUCUCACCACUGCAUGAGCGGACAUUUGACAGUGCCAUCGCCAAACACUUGCAAGCAUGGAGACCUCAUCAAUGCUUUCCUCAUUGAAUGAUGAGUGUAAAUCUGACAACUACAUUGAGCCUCACUACAAGGAAUGGUAUCGAAUAGCCAUUGAUGUUCUGAUUGAACGUGGGUUAGAAGCAUACCAAGAAUUUCUUGCCCGGGAACAAGUUUCAGACUUUCUUGCUGAGGAAGAAAUUAAUUAUAUUUUGAAAAAUGUCCAGAAAGUUGCACAGAGCACAGCACAUGGUACUGAUGAUUCCUGUGAUGAUACAUCAUCUUCAGGGACUUACUGGCCUACUGAGUCUGAUGUGGAAGCUCCAAAUCUUGACUUAGGCUGGCCAUACGUGAUGCCUGGACUCUUAGGGGGUACCCAUAUAGAGCUCCUUUUUCAUCCACCAAGAGCACAUCUACUUACAAUAAAGGAAACUAUUCGGAAGAUGGUUAAAGAAGCAAGAAAGGUCAUUGCUUUAGUGAUGGAUAUAUUUACAGAUGUGGACAUUUUCAAAGAAAUAGUUGAGGCAUCAACUCGAGGAGUAUCUGUAUACAUUCUGCUUGAUGAGUCCAAUUUUAAUCAUUUUCUAAAUAUGACUGAGAAACAAGGGUGUUCAGUUCAGCGUCUCAGGAAUAUUCGAGUGCGAACAGUAAAAGGCCAAGAUUAUCUUUUUAAAAUGGGGGCAAAAUUCCAUGGAAAAAUGGAACAGAAAUUUUUGUUAGUUGACUGCCAGAAAGUGAUAUACGGUUCUUACAGCUAUAUGUGGUUAUUUGAGAAAGCUCACCUCAGCAUGGUUCAGAUAAUCACAGGACAACUUGUUGAGUCUUUUGAUGAAGAAUUUAGAACUCUCUAUGCCAGAUCCUCUGUCCCCAGUUCAUUUGCUCAGGAAGAAUCAGCAAGGGUGAAGCAUGGCAAAACCCUCUGGGAAAAUGGCACUUACCAGCAUUCAAUUUCUUCAUUAGCAUCUGUUUCCAGCCAAAGAAACCUUUUUGGUAGACAAGACCAGAUUCAUAAACUAGAUUCUAGUUACUUCAAAAACAGAGGAAUAUACACUUUAAAUGAGCAUGACAAAUAUAACAUAAGAAAUCACGGAUACAAACCUCAUUUUGUUCCAAACUUUAAUGGUCCAAAUGCAAUACGUCAAUUUCAACCCAGUCAGAUCAAUGAAAACUGGAAAAGACAUAGUUAUGCUGGGGAACAGCCAGAAACAGUGCCAUACCUCCUACUUAAUAGGGCUCUGAAUAGAUCCAAUAAUCCACCUGGUAAUUGGAAAAGACCUUCUGAUAGUCUCAGUGUGGCAUCCUCAUCACGGGAAAGCUAUGCACACCACCGCAACACACCUGCCCAGAGUUUUGCCAAUCGGCUUGCACAGAGAAAAACAACUACUCUUGCAGACAGAAAUUCAAAUGUUCGGAGGUCUUUUAAUGGGACAGAUAAUUAUACUCGCUUUUUGCAACAACGAAUGCCAACCCUUGAACAUACCACAAAGUCAUUUCUGCGUCACCGGAGAAUUGAAUCCUACUUAAAUGAUCAUUCAGAAGCUACACCGGACUCAAAUGGAUCAGCUUUAGGUGACCAAUUUGAGGGCUAUGAUAGUCCUGAGAAUUUGAAGGCCAAUGCCCUUUAUACUCAUUCUCGGCUUCGUACCUCUUUAGUAUUUAAACCCACUUUACCUGAGCAAAAGGAAGUCAAUAGUUGUACAACUGGCUCCUCAAAUUCAACUAUCAUUGGUUCUCAGGGAAGUGAGACACCUAAAGAGGUCCCAGACACUCCUACGCAUGUACAGCACUUGACAGACAAACCCUUGCCAGAAUCAACUCCAAAGCUCCCUUCACAGUCAGAGGCACCAAAAAUGCACACCUUGCAGGUUCCUGAAAACCACUCAAUAGCCUUAAAUGAAACGACAAACGGCCAUACAGAAUCAAAUAACUAUAUAUAUACAAACUUGUGUGUAAAUAAGCAGACAGAAAAUCUAAAGAAUCAACAGAAUGAGAAUCUGCUUAAAAGACGAAGUUUCCCAUUAUUUGACAACUCAAAAGCCAACUUAGAUCCUGGAAAUAGUAAGUAUUGUGUAUAUAGUACACUUACCAGGAAUCGAGUUAGACAACCAGAAAAGCCCAAAGAAGAUUUACUGAAAAGUUCUAAAAGUAUGCACAAUGUAACUCAUAAUAUGGAGGAGGAUGAGGAGGAAGUUACCAAGAGAAACCCUCCAAGCAGCACUACUACCAAAUCAAUUUCCAUUGCUGCUUUACUUGAUAUGAAUAAAGAGGAAUCCAACAAAGAACUCGCUUCAAAGAAGGAAGUUAAGGGUUCCCCAAGUUUUUUGAAAAAGGGGUCUCAGAAGUUAAGGUCAUUACUUAGCCUUACCCCAGAUAAGAAAGAAAAUCUAUCCAAAAAUAAAGCACCUGCCUUUUAUAGAUUGUGUAGUAGCUCUGACACUUUAGUUUCUGAGGGUGAAGAAAAUCAAAAACCAAAGAAAUCAGAUACAAAAGUUGAUUCAUCUCCUAGAAGAAAGCAUUCUUCCUCAUCCAACUCUCAAGGCAGCAUCCACAAAAGUAAGGAAGAUGUCACAGGUAGCCCAUCUCAAGGGAUAAAUGCUCCAUCAGAUGAAAAUAAAAGAACACCUUCUCCAGGCCCAGUUGAAAGCAAGUUCUUGGAAAGGGCAGGAGAUGCCUCUGCCCCAAGAUUUAACACUGAACAGAUCCAAUACCGAGAUUCAAGGGAGAUUAAUGCAGUUGUUACUCAUGAGAGAAGACCAACUUCUUCUCCAAGGCCAACACCCAGUGAGCUUCUACGAACUCAUUCAACUGACCGACGUGUUUACAGUCGCUUUGAGCCAUUUUGUAAGAUUGAGAGCUCUAUUCAACCAGCAAGCAACAUGCCAAAUACAAGUAUAAAUCGCUCAGAAAUAAAAUCUGCGACUAUGGGCAACAGUUAUGGCAGGUCUAGUCCAAUGCUUAAUUACAACACUGGCGUUUAUCACUCAUAUCAACCGAAUGAGAACAAAUUUCGCGGAUUUAUGCAAAAGUUUGGAAACUUUAUACACAAAAAUAAAUAGCUAUUAAAAUGCAAAGUGAAUGAGGCUAUAAGUAUUUGUCCAAAGAAAAUUGUGAACAGUCUUUGUAACAUGCCAAUAGAUUUCCCUAAGAACAGAAUGAUGUACGGUAUGAAGUAUAUGUUCACCAGUGUACUAUAUAAAGUUAUUUUUCUGUGUGGUAAAGUUAGGGUCUGCUGUAGAUAGAAUUUCUCUGUAAACACAUAAUUUGUAAGUGGUAAUGGUAAAAAUAUCAGAUAUAUUUAAAUCAUUUUCUUUAGACUGAAGAUCUUAAGUCUCACUUAGAGACUUUUGUGGAUUAUGUUUGGUGUAUGGAUUUUAACCAUUUCCUUUUAAAAAGGUCAUACUACCCUCGGUAAUCCUUUAUAAUAUGUCUUUAUAGUGUUUUCAUAUCUUCAAAAAUAUAAACAAAUGAGACAAAGCCUUUUUAAAAUUAACUUUAAAUUCUAUAGGAUAACUUGUUAUAUUUUGUUAGUAUUAAUUUUUCUGUGGGGCAUUGUACAGCUAUUUGGGCAACAGCAGUACCAUUUAAACUAUUUUUUUUUUUUUUAAUUUUUCCUGAAGUGUUUGCAAAGUAUCGUCCUCAUGUAGUAUAAUGACAUUCAUAGAAAUUUAUUUUCCUAAGCCUUUGAAAACUGUCUGGGAUGUGCUUUCUCUACUCUGGACCCAGGGAGCUACACUCCUCUCAUCCUUAGGCUGCUGAUUUUUUUAUAGUCAUUCCUUAAUUCACAUUUAUAACAAACCAGUAGGAAUUUAGAAAAUCUGAAUGAUUACCCCUCCUUUAUCUAUUGUAUAAAAGCUUUUAGAAACGUAAAAUUCUGCCUUAAUUUUUGUUAGAUUGCCGUGAUAAUGCUAAGAGUUCUUGCUUUUGAAAAUUCUUGAUUUUUUUUUUUUUUAAUGGAAUCUCACUGUA